AUCGAUGAGGAGACGUGCUGAUUAGUUUUUGAUAAAGGUUUUCAAAAGCGAGAAUGUUAAGCAAACAGCUGAAAUUGUAAAUGGUCAUGAUGCUGUAGAAACAAAUCAUGCUCACUAUCAGAUCGGUGUAUACGACUCGCGGGUCCGCUGCGCGUCGGCUCAAUUCUUAUCAGAAAGAAUUCGGCAGAGUGGUUCGUCGAUCCAAAAAAUUUACCGUCAGAUACCAGUGGCAAUCGCUUUCUAAACGGACGAUCACAGAUGCCUGCUGAUGAUACAUCAUCUUAACAAUUACCCAAAAAUAUCAAGCCGUGAUCAAUUAAACUAUCAGCGCAAUGGAUGUGCACAUAAAGUAGUUCCGUCGCGUUCCAACUCGAUUUUCGCAACAAUCGAGCUAUAUAUGAUUGCAGAUAUACGUAUGUUUUAGACUGCUGUAUCAUUCUGUGUGUUGAAAAGAGAGUACUGUUUGUUAAAAGUCUGAUAGAGAAUUAUUUUCUACAAAAUGGAUAUGAGCACCGACGCAUCGGUGCCGCGGUGGUACGAGAGUCCGCGGUUGCCUCAGAGCCAUCAAGGAGGCGUUGGGUCGCAAGGUAUCGAAAACGGAGUCCACGAACCGGUGUCCGAACACAUGGGCGCGUUCUAUCACGCCCUUGAAGGGGGCCACCGGAGAUACUACCAUCAGCAGAUGCACUCCUAUACGACGGCACACAGUGCGCGGAUGAGUUCCGGUCAAGUGUGUCGCCCGCAAUUUCACCCGCCGUUACACCCGUGGCUGUCCGAAUCCGCGAAAGCGCUGCCGGGCAGCGGUUGGGGUGCCCCCUUUGAACCCGAGAAACCGACGCAAGCGCCUCUUUUCUCGUUCCCUCCGACGCCGCCCAAGGAUUCGACGCCGGAUUCCGUUGCCGCAAACGCGGCGCUCAACAAUGCAGCCGCGGGGGACUACCAAGCGGUCGUGAAUGCCUUCAUGCAGCAGAACGAGCAGGCCUGCGUUGGUCUAGAUGUGAAACCGUCCGCGAUGAACGGAGGAGGUGGCGGCAGCAGCAACGGAGGCGGACAGAAGCAGAGGGAAGGUCUGUCAACAAGCAUAGCAUCAACCACGGACUCAACGUCUGUCUAUCAUCAUGACCGGAGCAUGGAACAGUCAACGCACGCAGGCACAGGCACGGGGUACCAUCAUCCCAGUGCCGUCAAUGCCAGUAGUAGUAGCGCGUAUCCUGGUUUCCCAGGAGAUUCCUAUCCCGGUCCGUUAGGGCUCUAUCCUCACUCGACGACGGUGCGUGCGCCUCAGUCCAGCUCCCCUGUAUCCAUCAAGCCCAGAAAUAAGGCGAGAACUAGCGCCGAGGGUCGUGAGUGCGUGAAUUGUGGAGCAACCUCAACGCCUCUUUGGCGACGAGAUGGCACAGGACAUUACCUCUGCAAUGCCUGCGGACUUUACUAUAAGAUGAAUGGACAGAAUAGGCCACUAAUCAAACCCAAACGAAGACUGGUGAGUUCACUGCAAAGUGCGGCGAGGAGGGCAGGAACGUCGUGCGCCAACUGCAAGACGACCACGACCACUCUUUGGAGACGCAAUCAGAACGGCGAGCCCGUUUGCAAUGCGUGCGGACUCUACUACAAGUUACACAAUGUGAACAGACCGCUCACCAUGAAGAAAGAAGGUAUCCAGACGCGCAACCGCAAACUUAGUUCCAAAUCGAAGAAAAAGAAAGGUCCAUGUAUGCCACUCGGAGGACAUUUAGGAGGACCUUUGGGAGAUCUCAUAAAACCUCAUGAGCAGCCUAAGCCGUUUGGAUCAGGAUUCGGAAGCAUGGGUCAACACAGCCACCUCUCUCCGAGCCUGCACGCGCACGCGAUGCCACAUUGGUACAACAUGGGCAGUGUACCGCCAGUUGGAGUCGGCGGCAGUGUCGGCGGCGUCGGAUCAACCCAAGGCGGUUUCGGCGGUCCGCCAGCGCCCGCACCCUACCACCACGUCGCAUCACUGGGACUGAAUUCAAUGAGCGGAUGGCGGUCAGAGUACACGUGAUUCUCUAAAUACUAAGCAACUAAUUUAACGUCUAAUCCUGUGAAUAUGUAUAUAAACAAUUUGUAACAGUACAAAAAGAGUUCCCAAUUACGUUUGUAUAAAAUUUAAAUAUAAUCAUAUAUAGAAAAAAAAGAUUGAAAAAAACGAAAAAAAUAAUCAACAAAUUCAUGCAAUUAAGAACGAAUGGAAGAGAUCGAAUAUAAUUA